AUUACCUGACACAUUUCUUCAACAUACAUCUCCUUUCAGACGCUUCAAUCAGCAAGAUGAAUUACACCGAAGAUCUGUUGUUCGGCUCAGCAUCGAGAUAUGUGCGCAAAGAACAGUCUCACAGCAAUGACCACAAUAAGAGCAACAAAAUCUGCUCGAUACCAGUCGUCGUUCAGGGUAUCGAUAUACCUCGAAACAUGACAAUGACUCAGGGAGGUUUCAUGGGGCUUCCAUUCCUCUGCAGCAUUACAUCCGACUCGCCGACAGACGAGCUGAAGGCAAUCAACGCUCGAGACAAGUUCGAUUCCUGGGCAAAUCUGAUUCGUCGAUAUGAACCAGCCAAGAACAUGGCCGACUUAAUCAAGAGCUGUUCUUCCUGGCUCAAUAUGAGUCAACUGGAUCCCUCUUUGGGGAAUCUCACACAAGUCAAACUGGCACACACUGUGUACGAGACACUUAAAGAUGCCAACUUCGACUGGUGGGCUACACGGUGUCGGUAUAAAGCCUACGAGGAUGAUUCUGAAGCCGACGAUCUUCCCUUCUCGCACUCGCGCUGGCCAAGUCCACCUCUCGGCACUUCGACAACCAUUGAGUUCCAAUGGAACUCCGACAGAAAAAUUCUCUGUUGGUUCGAUACGACCAUUGAGAAGACAGUGCAGAUCUUUUUCGAGCAGUUCACUGAUGGCACCGGGAUCUUCGAGUCCAUGGAGGACCACGAAGCCUUCAACCAGUGGAUUGAACACCGCAAAAGACACACAAUGAAACUCCGCAAGGAGCUCACAUUGAAACGCCUGGGAACGACCACUUCUCGCCCCAGAGCCCAGAAGCCCACCAAGACUACAGCCCGACAAACACCAGCUGCAAAGAAGAUGAGAAAUGGGUGCAAGAAGGGAAAGGAAAGGAGAAAUUAAGGGAAGCCAAAGGCUCGAGUGCGGAUCUACGAGAUCUCAGCACAGAGAAGGAUUAAUGAAAUUGGAAAAGUUGAUUCAUCACACGAGGGUCUUAGUGGGACUAUGGAGCGUGAAGGCAAGAUGCGGUACUUGCCCACACAGCUCCUUACUACAACUGUACAUCAUUACUGCCUACAUUAAUAUAGUAUAUAUUGUCCCACCUCGUGCCUGCCUCGCCAAUUCUAGUUCUUUUGAUGUAUUGGAUGAGGCAUCAAGGAUUUUCUUGCACGGCCAAGGUGUCUUUCAUGUUUAAUGAUAACCGGGUUGUUAGAAACACAAGCAAAGAGUCAACUUCAC